CUAGCCUUCCUUCCGGAGCCGCGCUCGGCGCCGGGGGCGCGGGCAGCCCAUGGGAGCCCGGGGCGCCCAGGAUGCGGGUGCCGGCCAGGGAGCUCUUCCGGGACGCCGACUUCCCCGCCUCGGACUCCUCGCUGUUCUCCAGCUUCUCCACGCCGCUGGCCCAGUUCCGCGAGGACAUCACAUGGAGGCGGCCCCAGGUGGGGCUGUUGGCGCGGGUCUCGAACCUCGGGUCGGGCCCCGAACCUCGGGAAAUCUGUGCCACGCCCCGGCUGUUUGCAGAUAACCCACAGGAGGGACAGGUGAAGCAAGGGCUGCUGGGAGACUGCUGGUUCCUGUGUGCCUGCGCCGCCCUGCAAAAGAGCCGGCACCUCCUGGACCAGGUCUUUCCUCCAGGACAGCCGAGCUGGCAUGACCACACAUACCGCGGCUCCUUCACCUGUCGAGUUUGGCAGUUUGGACGCUGGGUGGAGGUGACCAUAGAUGACCGUCUGCCUUGUCUUGCAGGGAGACUCUGCUUCUCCCGGUGUCAGAGAGAGGAUGUGUUCUGGCUUCCCUUACUGGAGAAGGUCUACGCCAAGGUCUAUGGGUCCUAUGAGCACCUGUGGGCAGGGCAGGUGGCGGAUGCCCUGGUGGACCUCACCGGGGGCCUGGCAGAAAGGUGGAGCCUGAAGGACUUGGCAGGAACCAGUGGCCAACAGGACAGGCCUGGCGGCUCGGAGCACAGGACUUGCCGACAGCUGCUCAGCCUCAAGGACCGGUGUCUGAUAAGCUGCUCGGUGCUCAGCCCCAGAGCAGGUGCCAGGGAGCUGGGGGAGUUUCAUGCCUUCAUUGUGUCCGAUCUGCGAGAGCUCCAGGGGCGGGCUGGCCAGAGCAUCCUGCUGCUGUGCAUUCAGAAUCCCUGGGGCCGGCGUUGCUGGCAGGGGCCCUGGAGAGAGGGGGGCGAAGGGUGGAGCCGGGUGGACCCAGCCGAUGAGUCUGAGUUGCUGUCCCAGCUGCAGGAAGGAGAGUUCUGGGUGGAGGAGGAGGAGUUCCUCCAGGAGUUUGACGAGGUCACCGUUGGCUUCCCAAUCACGGAGGCCGGCCACCUGCAGAGCCUCUACUCAGGAAAGGCGCUGUGCCACACUCAGGAGCUGCCUGGGGCCUGGGUCAAGGGGCAGUCGGCAGGAGGCUGUCGGAACAACAGCGGCUUUCCCAGCAACCCCAAGUUCUGGCUGCGGGUCUCAGAACCGAGCGAGGUGUUUGCCGCUGUCCUGCAGAGACCCAGGGUGUGCGCCGCAGGCCGGGCAGGCCGGGCUCGGGCUCCGGUGGGGGACGGACCUGCUACGAGGAGCCCGGCCAGCUUCCUGGGUGAGGACUACCAGGCCGUGGGCCUGCAUAUCUGGAAGGUGGAGAAGCGGCGGGUCAGCCUGCCCAGGGUCCUGUCCACGCCCCCCGUGGCCGGCACCGUGUGCCAUGCCUACGACCGGGAGGUCCACCUCCGCUGCGAACUCACGCCAGGCUACUACCUGGCCGUGCCCAGCACCUUCCUGAAGGACGUGCCAGGGCAGUUUCUGCUGCGGGUCUUCUCUAGUGGGAGAGUCUCCCUCAGUGCCAUCAAGCCGGCGGCCGGGAGCCCUGCCCCUGGGGAGGCCCUGCCCGCGGGCGAGUGGGAGACCGUGCAGCUGCGGGGCUCCUGGAGAACUGGCCAGACAGCAGGGGGCAGCAGGAACUUUGCCUCCUACCCGAGCAACCCCUGCUUCCCCCUGUCGGUCCCUGAGGGCCCAGGGCCCCGCUGUGUCCGUGUCACCCUGCGUCAACACUGCCAGGACACCCAGUGCCACCCCAUCGGCUUCCACGUCUUCCAGGUUCCGGUGGGGAGCCAGGGUGCGCCCGGCCUGCUGCUCCAGGAACCUGUCCUGAGCUGCGUGCCGCAUCGCUACGCCCAGGAAGUGAGCCGGCUCUGCCACCUGUCGGCAGGGACCUACCGGAUCGUGCCCUCCACCUACCUGCCGGACACAGAGGGGGCCUUCACGGUGACCAUCGCCACCAGGAUAGACAGGCGCUCCAUUCACAGCCAGGAGAGGCUGGGGCAGCUCCUUCAGGAGAUGGAAGCUAGAUUUGCUGCCUUUUGAAAUGAACAGAAGAGUCACUUUUUUCCUUGGGACACUUUGGUGUCUUGGGGACCCCAACACAAGGCCUUGGACAUGGCUGCUCCAUCAAGGAGAUGCUGUUUACUGGUUUUGAGGAUGAGUUUUAGGGGGCAGGCUGGGCCUUCCAGCCCCCAGGAGUACUCAGCUCUUCGGCUCGGGCCCAGUGCCCACCUGGGGGCCUGAGCUGCAGGGCUCCGGCUGGUCCUCUGAUUCCCAGCAAGUGCCAUCUGUCAGCACAGACAGUGGUCACGCGUCUGGCCUGGGAGCCUGCUCACUCGGGCCCUGGGGGAUACGCGGCAUGGAAGUUUAGUCACCAGGCUUGUGCACGGUUGCCUAAAGCACCCCCCAUCCCAUGCCUGCCCUCCCCCCACCCCCACAGGGCCAGGGCUCAGGCUUUGCCCAUCCUCAGCUGUCUGUCCCUUCCCAAAUCACCCAGGAGGAGAGGCUGAUAGACAAGAAGACCGCCCUGCCUUGGGCUGGGCUGGCUGCUCUGUCAGGGGUCAGUCCUGGUCCGCUGUGUGUUCGUGGGGCCUGGACAAGUGUGAUGUUGGGGCACCGGGAUGCGUGUGUGUGUGUGUGUGUGUGUGUGUGAGAUCUGAUUGAUGUGCUCUCAUCCCUCAUCCGCCAAGUCCCAAAGAGAAGACCCAUCAGCAUCAACAUCCCUCUCUACCCUGCUCCCCCAUUCCUUCAUUCUGAAGCUCCUCUGAGCAUGUGUGGGGUGUUAUGGAUGUGGCCAAGAGGCCCAGCACACCUGCCCUUGAGGCAUGCACAAUCCAUUAGGGAUGACUAUCUGCACACAGGUCAUGUGGAUACUCCUGAUGGUGAGGGACAGAUGACACAUGGGGGUGGUCCUUGACCAGCCUGGGGCCAGCAGUGCAGGGCAGGGGCUGACAGAGGAGCUGGGCACCCGCAGGGAAUGGAAAGAAGCUCUCUGUGCCUACGGUGUGGGGAGUAGGCUCAGAAAAUGUGGCAGGAGCUGAGGCUAGAAAGGUAGGUAAGGGCCUUGAGGUCCAUUUAAGGAGCUUGGGUCUUAUGUUUUGGGUGGUAGGGAGCCACUGCACAGUUGUAAGCAGGGUCUGAUGUGUGUGUAUUUGACAUCUCUCUCUCUGGUCAAAAUUUCUGGAUGGGGAGGGCACCAAGCAGAAGGCUGUUGCAGACAUCAAGGGAGAGAUGAUCAUGUCCUUGCCGGACGGGAGGUAGUAGAGGCAGAGACAAGAGGUCAGUGUUGAGGUAGAGUUAGGAGGCAAAAUCAAUAGAACAUGAUGCUUGAUGGAUUAUUAAUUAGAUCAAUCACAUAAAUCAGCAUGAGGAGAAUUGAUCCCUUCCAAUCCAUGAACAUGGUCCAUUUUUUGAGGUGGUCUUUAAUUUCUCUCAGCAAUAUUUUGUAGCUUUGAGCAUAGACAUUUUAUACUUUUUCUUAACUACUUUGUUUUCUGACACUUGCAAAUGAUAUUGUAUUUUGAAAAGGGUUUUAUUUUUCCAGUUUAUUGCUAGUAUAUAGGAAUACAUUUUUUGUAUAUUAAUUUUGUGUC